CCAUCAACAAGAAUCACCGAACAUGGCAGCUACAGCAAGCCACUUAACAGCUAUGGGCGUACCAGUGAUAUCCACUGGUCGUCAAGGCUCUAGCUCGAUCAACGAAUAUUCAGUCUUGACACUGGAACGAUUAUUAGAUCGAUUAGAGAAUCAAUUGAAAGAAGGAUCACAAGCAAAGACUACCAACACUUGGCAAGCAGCAGGCAUUGCAAUCGCAUUAACACAUGCACAAACGAUCAUAAGCGAAUUACAAGCACAACAAGGUUUGAGUUCAACGGUUGCUAGUAUGCGAUCUCGGCUACAACGUGCGACACAAUCUUAUGUUCAACUGUAUCCAUUGGAACAGCAACAGACACAACCACGCACAAUGCAGAGGCAGUUCAGUGGAUCGUUUCAGACGCAAAUGCAGCCUGUGCAAGUUGCUGAUACUCGAUCAUUCUUGCUGCAAGACGAUCUCUUGGAAGAUAGUGAUGACGAUUCCGAAUUCGAAGAUAAUGCACUGGAUGAGGAGUUGCACAGAGAUGUGAAGGACGAAGACAAUGUCGCCCUUGGUGGUAUCAAGCCAGACGAGAAGGUAGAAUCAGAAGAGUUAGGAGAAAAGAAUGUUGAUGAUGGUAUGGAUGAAUAUGAAGCAGCUGCGUCUCUACGCAGGAGAAAGAAUGCAAACACGCAAGAUUCGCUGACAAGAGUAAGCAAUACCGAAAACGAAAAAGAAGCACAAGAAGAUGCCCCUCCUACCGCCUUGCAAUCGGAAAGAAGUGUACAAGAUUCUUUGUCGGGCGAAUUGUUGCGUAUGGCAGGCAUUCUGAAAGCUAAUUCGAUGAAAUUUGCUGACGCACUGGAGCGUGAUCGAAAAAUAUUAGAGCAAGCAGAUGAGAAACUACAAGGCAAUCUGACAUUAAUGACCCGAACGAGAGGCAAGCUUGGUGAUUAUAGUCGCAAAGCAAGAGGUAUGGGAUGGAUCACGUUAGGUGCAAUUGCCAUGGUAUGUUCAAGUUGGAUAGUAAUGUUUCUCCUUAUCCGAUUGACUUGAUCGCUGUGAUCUGCAUGCAUAUGUACUAUAUACCUGAAUUAUGAUUCGUAUACGAUGAUCCUUGCAUGGUCUCUAUUCUACAUUUGGUGUGCUGAGCAGUUUUGUAUGAAUUCAGAUUAAAUGCUACCGCCUCUCAAUGCAAGGACAAGAUGGAGAGUAGAUCCACCUUCGAUGCCGAAAUCUUUUGCUGUUCUAUCAUCGUGCAUUUGCUUUCCACCGAAGAUUAA